AUGGCAGCGAUCAAACUCGCCAACCCUGGGGCUGAGGUGACGCGCAGCCAGGCGGCUUUGGCUGUGAAUGUCUGUGCCGCCCGAGGGCUGCAGGAUGUGCUGCGGCCGAGCUUGGGUCCUAAGGGCGCGCUAAAAAUGCUUGUUUCAGGGGCAGGUGAUAUCAAACUCACAAAAGACGGCAAUGUACUGCUUCAUGAGAUGCAAAUUCAGCACCCAACAGCUUCCAUCAUAGCGAAAGUAGCGGCAGCCCAGGACCAAGUCACAGGAGAUGGCACCACCUCCAAUGUCCUGAUCAUUGGGGAACUGCUCAAGCAAGCCGAUCUUUACAUUUCUGAGGGCCUGCACCCUAGAAUCAUAGCUGAAGGAUUUGAUGCUGCAAAGACGAAAGCACUUGAAGUUCUGGAUGAAAUUAAAGUAGAAAAGGAGAUGAAGAGGGAAAUCCUCUUAGAUGUGGCUAGAACAUCCCUGCGAACGAAAGUUCAUGCUGAACUGGCUGACGUGUUAACAGAGGCUGUGGUGGAUUCUGUCCUGGCUAUUAGAAGACCAGGUAUCCCUAUUGAUCUCUUCAUGGUGGAAAUCGUGGAGAUGAGGCACAAGUCAGAAACAGAUACACAGUUGAUUCGAGGAUUGGUUUUGGACCAUGGUGCCCGUCAUCCAAGCAUGAAGAAGCAAGUGCAAGAUGCGUUUAUCCUCAUUUGCAAUGUUUCACUGGAGUAUGAGAAAACAGAAGUGAGCUCUGGUUUCUUUUAUAAGACUGUAGAAGAGAAAGAGAAAUUGGUAAGAGCCGAAAGAAAAUUCAUUGAAGAUAGAGUGCAGAAAAUAAUAGACCUGAAGCAGAAAGUCUGUGCCGAGUCCAAUAAAGGAUUUGUUGUCAUCAAUCAGAAGGGCAUUGAUCCGUUUUCCUUAGAAAUGCUUGCAAAAUAUGAAAUCGUAGCUCUUCGCAGGGCAAAAAGAAGAAAUCUCGAAAGGCUUACCCUCGCCUGUGGAGGAAUAGCUGUAAAUUCCUUUGAAGACCUUAAUGAAGAUUGCUUGGGGCAUGCUGGCCUUGUAUUUGAGUAUUCAUUAGGUGAGGAGAAGUUCACUUUUAUUGAGGACUGUGUGAAUCCUCUCUCUGUCACCUUGUUGAUCAAAGGACCAAACAAACAUACUCUUAUACAGAUCAAGGAUGCUUUAAGAGACGGACUUCGUGCAGUCAAAAAUGCGAUUGAAGAUGGCUGUGUGGUCCCAGGGGCUGGAGCAGCUGAAGUCGCCAUAGCAGAGGCUCUCGUGAACUAUAAGCAUCGUGUGCAGGGACGAUCUCGCCUUGGAGUCCAAGCCUUCGCUGACGCCUUACUUAUUGUCCCGAAGGUUCUUGCUCAGAAUUCUGGUUAUGACCUGCAGGAAACAUUGAUAAAAAUUCAGACUGAACAUGCAGAAUCAAAAGAGCUCGUGGGCAUAGACCUGAAUACAGGGGAGCCAAUGGUAGCAGCAGAAGCAGGCAUUUGGGAUAAUUAUUGUGUGAAAAAACAUCUUCUUCACUCAUGCACAGUGAUUGCCACUAACAUUCUCCUGGUUGAUGAAAUUAUGCAAGCUGGGAUGUCGUCUCUCAGAGAGUGAUUGAAUUCAAAAUCAAUUCAUCUGGAAGACAAGAUAGCAUGCAUGUCAUAUUCAACACCGUCUUACGGCCUUAACUGUUACAAAAUAAAUGUGGUGUGUAUCUUUUGGUCUCAAC